CAUCAUAUAAAAAUUCACUAUGGAGUCCACUAUAGUAGUAACUGAUCAAGAUAUAAUAAAAGAUAAAGUAAUAACACUAAUUUCUCCGGAACAUCCAUUCCCUCAAGAAACCAUGUUCUUGUCAAAUAUUGAUCAAGCUGUAAGCUUUCCUGUAGAAACUUUGUUCUUCUUUCAAGUUCCAAAAGACAAGAAAUUGUCAACAAAUGACAUUCCUGAGAGAAUUAAGAAGGCAACUUGUGAACUACUUGUUCCAUAUUAUUAUAUGGCUGGUAGGCUUAGUUUUAAUUGUGAGACCAAAAGAUUAGAGCUUAUUUGUAAUAAUGCUGGAAUUUCUUUUGUUAGUGCAAAAUCAAAGCUUACUUUAGCAGAUCUUGGAAAUCUUUCUCUUCCCAAUCCGUCUUUCGGCCAAUUUCUUCAUCGUCAAGGAUUGUAUAAGAACUUAUGUGAGUUAUCACUCUUGACCAUUCAGGUUACAAGAUUUCAAUGUGGAGGAUUUUCAGUUGGAUUUUUAACAAAUCACGCAAUACUUGAUGGAAAAGCUGCUAGUCAUAUGUUUCUAAAUCUUGCUUCAAUAUGUAAAGAUGGAAAUUUGAAAGUCCCACUUAUCCACCAUGAUAGAACACAUAUAAAAGCUAGAGAUCCUCUUAUAAUCAACUUUCCUCAUGAAGAGUAUAUAAAGUUACCAAAGAUUUCUUCAAUGGCAACAGCCUUUACCACCUCUUAUGAAUCAUCACCAUCUCCAUUGAUCUUUGCAAAGAAGUAUAGUCAAAAGCUUUUCAAAUUUGAUAAUGAAAUGAUUAGUCACCUUAAAGCAAAGUCAAUGGUGAGUUGCUCAAGUUUUGAAGCCAUUGUGGCACAUAUUUGGAAGGAAAGAACAAAAGUAAUAUUCAAAGACCCUAAUGAGCUGUCAACAGUAUUUUUUGCAGUAGACAUAAGGUCCAAAAUCUCACCACCUCUGCCAGAUGGUUUUGUUGGAAAUGCCAUCAUCACUGCCUUUGCCACUUCAAGGGUUGCUGACAUAACUAAGAACUCCAUUUCAUUUGGUGUUAAAUUAAUAAAGGAAGGCAAAGAAAGGGUUAAUGAAGAAUAUGUUAGAUCUGUGAUUGACUGGCUAGAAAUUUAUAAAGGUAUACCAGCAACAAUUAAUGGGAACUUUUAUGUAUCAGCUUGGUGGAAGCUUCCAUUUGGUGACCUUGACUUUGGAUUUGGGAUGCCAACACAUGUAAGCCCAAUUGUUAGUGGAAAUGAUGAAUUUGUGUUGUUACUUUCCGAAAGAAAUGGUGGCCAACAUGGAGAAGGGGGAGGAGUUAAUGCGUGGAUAAGUCUUGAGCCUCAUAAGAUGAAUCAAUUUCAGGCUAAUAUCUACAACAUAUGAUCUUGAUCAAAACAUGAUUGAUUCAUAGGUUAUGUCUUCAUUUUAUUUAUACGUAAUAUGUACUUGUUUAUGGUAUUUUAAACGAAUUUAAAUCACUGAUCAUAAUAUGGUAUAAAUACAUAUUAUAGUGAUCUAAUGAAAUAAACCAAUAUCUUUGUUUCA